AUGAAUUACUAUAGCGAUCCUGCUGGCGCUGGGUUUCAAGGGGAUCCGUUGAUUUCUCCCGGUGAUGCGAAACCCGGGCUGAACUCCACUAACUGGUUCCUCAUGGCCCCGCCGGUGGUGUGUCCUGCGGAUUAUCUCGAGAUGAAUAUGACCACAAAUACGGCGAAUGCCGAUAUGCUGCAGGUGUCGGAUAGUGUGGAAAGGCGAUAUCGGGGGGACGGAUGCGAUAAUUAUUCGCAUGAUCCUUCCGGUCCCUGCGGUCCUUUGGCAAAGAGCAACGGUGUGGAAGGAUUCCAGCGACCACAAUUGAGCAGCUCGCAAGAGGAUAACGAUGCCGCGGAACAGCAUCUGAGUGGGUUGAGCGGGUUGAGCGUGUCGUCGAUCGUGGAAGGAGUCGCGGGGCUACCGGGCCAAUCGGCGAAACAUCCGGGAUUUUCGCUGAAAGAUCGCGCCAAAGAUGGAUUCUUCAUGGACAACUUGCUGCAGCUUAGCAGUCACGGCAAUAUUCCCGGGGACAGUUCGUUGUCCCUGUGCAAUUCUGCGGGAUCCUCACGAAAGCUGCUGAAACGGGAGUCGUUGCCAUCGAAAGAAAACUCAGGAUCAUCGAAGAAACCGAGACGAACACGAACUUCUUUCACUUCCCAACAGAUAUUGGCGUUGGAGAAGAUCUUCGAAAGGACCCACUAUCCCGACGCUUUUGUGCGCGAAGAGUUGGCCAAGGAAAAUAGUCUCAGUGAGGCUAGGGUGCAGGUCUGGUUCCAGAAUCGCCGUGCCAAGUUCCGCCGGAACGAGCGAAGUGCCUCAUCAAGAGUAGAUGAUUUCUAUACAACGGCCAACAGCUUCGCGAUACCCACAUCGUCAUCGUCGCCAGGUGGUGGUAUGUUGCCCAAACCGCCGGAUGUUACGGGAACGACGGCAUCAUCGGCUUAUCCACCACUGGCCUUUUCUGCGCUCAGUUCCAUGUUUGGACCGGUUGUUCCGCAGAUACAACCGCAUCUACACCUACAUCAUCCCGUGAGCAGAACCGACGGCUACUAUUCCGCCUUUAAACCACAGCAGCAACAGCAUCAGCAUCAGCAGCAACCGAUCGGCGACAGUCCCACCAAAUACAUGAACCAAUCGUACCAAUUCCCGAAUCUGCCUUAUCACAAUAAUCUGCAGACAUGA